AACUGUACAAUCAUAGAUUAAAAAUAAUAACAUUCAAUUACGCCCCUUCAACUUCUGUCAAAAAGUGCUUUUAGAAGUAUUAAUUUUACCGAUCGAUGUCUUAAAAUUAAGUGCAGUUUUAUAAGAAAUUCCACCAUCCACAUUAACUCUUUACGUUAAUUACUUAUUUUAUUUUCUAGUUUACGUGGUAUUUGUAAACCAAUAGGUGACAUUUCUACAGGUAUUGAUUUUUUCGUAGGUCACGAUACAUAAAAGUUAGAUUUAGUGAAAAAGUAACUCAUUUUGGUUUAUAUUGUUUGAGUGAUAACAUCAAAAUGACCGAUUCAAAGUACUUCACAACUACAAAAAAGGGCGAAAUAUUCGAGCUUAAAUCUGAGCUGAACAGCGACAAAAAAGAGAAGAAGAAGGAGGCAGUCAAAAAGGUGAUAGCAUCUAUGACUGUGGGCAAAGAUGUGUCGGCCCUCUUCCCAGAUGUAGUCAACUGUAUGCAAACAGACAAUUUAGAACUUAAGAAAUUAGUUUAUUUGUAUCUUAUGAACUACGCAAAAUCCCAGCCAGAUAUGGCCAUUAUGGCAGUCAAUACAUUUGUCAAGGAUUGCGAAGAUUCGAACCCCUUGAUUCGGGCACUGGCUGUACGGACGAUGGGUUGUAUCCGAGUGGACAAGAUAACGGAGUAUCUAUGCGAACCUCUGCGCAAAUGCUUGAAAGAUGAGGAUCCAUAUGUUCGGAAGACGGCAGCCGUGUGCGUUGCUAAGCUGUAUGAUAUAUCACCUAGUAUGGUUGAAGAUCAGGGCUUCCUUGAUCAACUAAAGGAUUUAUUAAGCGACUCAAAUCCCAUGGUAGUCGCUAAUGCUGUUGCUGCUCUGUCUGAGAUCAAUGAAGCAAGUGUAUCUGGACAUCCAUUAGUUGAGAUGAACGCGCCGACGAUCAACAAGCUGCUGACGGCGCUGAACGAGUGCACGGAGUGGGGGCAGGUGUUCAUCCUGGACGCGCUGUCCAACUACGCGCCGCGCGACGCGCGCGAGGCGCACUCCAUCUGCGAGCGCAUCACGCCGCGCCUGGCGCACGCCAACGCGGCCGUCGUGCUGUCCGCCGUCAAGGUCCUCAUGAAGCUGAUGGAGAUGCUGUCGGAUGAGACGGAGCUGGUGAGCACGCUAUCGCGCAAACUGGCGCCGCCGCUGGUGACGCUGCUGAGCGCGGAGCCCGAGGUUCAGUACGUGGCGCUCAGGAACAUCAACCUCGUGGUCCAGAAGCGCCCCGACAUCCUGAAGCAUGAGAUGAAGGUGUUCUUCGUGAAAUACAACGACCCGAUCUAUGUGAAGCUGGAGAAGCUGGACAUCAUGAUCCGGCUAGCGUCGCAAGCCAACAUUGCGCAGGUGCUGGGCGAGCUUAAGGAGUACGCUACCGAGGUGGACGUGGACUUCGUGAGAAAGGCCGUGCGCGCCAUCGGCCGCUGCGCAAUCAAGGUGGAGCCAUCUGCCGAGCGCUGUGUAUCAACACUACUUGAACUGAUCCAGACUAAAGUGAACUAUGUCGUACAAGAAGCGAUUGUGGUCAUCAAAGAUAUAUUCAGAAAGUAUCCCAACAAGUAUGAAAGCAUCAUCAGUACAUUGUGUGAGAACCUGGACACACUCGAUGAGCCAGAAGCCAGAGCUUCUAUGGUAUGGAUUGUCGGCGAGUACGCAGAACGUAUAGAUAAUGCUGAUGAACUGCUAGACUCAUUCUUAGAAGGAUUUCAUGAUGAAAAUGCACAAGUGCAGCUGCAGCUGCUGACGGCGGUGGUGAAGCUGUUCCUCAAGCGGCCGGCCGACACGCAGGAGCUGGUGCAGCACGUGCUCAGCCUCGCCACGCAGGACUCCGACAACCCCGACCUCCGGGACCGUGGGUUCAUCUACUGGCGACUGCUGUCCACGGACCCCGCGGCCGCCAAAGAGGUGGUAUUGGCCGACAAGCCACUCAUCAGCGAAGAAACGGACCUACUAGAGCCCACUCUUCUUGAUGAGCUCAUCUGCCACAUCAGCAGCUUGGCCUCGGUUUACCACAAGCCGCCCACGGCCUUCGUUGAGGGCCGAGGAGCGGGGGUGCGCAAGUCGCUGCCGGCGCGAGGCGCGGCUGCAGAGGACGCGCAGCCUCAGCCCACAGUCAUACCCAACCAGGAGUCGCUGAUCGGCGACCUGCUGUCGAUGGACAUCGGCGCGCCGCCCGCGCCCGCCGCCCCCGCCACGUUGGACCUGCUGGCGGGCGGGCUGGACGUGCUCCUGGGAGGGCCGGAGCCCCCCGCGGCGGCGGGCGCGGUGGGCGGCAGCGCCACCGGCCUGCUCGGAGACAUCUUCGGCGCGGUGCCGCCCGCCUCCUACGUGCCGCCCAAGCAGUGCUGGUUGCCGGCCGAUAAAGGAAAAGGUUUGGAGAUUUGGGGCACAUUCAGCCGUCAAAAUGGUCAGAUGCGAAUGGAAAUGACAUUCACAAACAAAGCAAUGCAAGCUAUGAGUGGAUUCGCUAUACAGCUCAACAAAAACAGCUUCGGCGUGUACCCGGGCGGCGCGCUGGCGGUGGGCGCGCUGGCGGCGGGCGCGCGCGCCGACGCGCCGCUGCCGCUGGCCGCCGCCGGGCCCGUGCAGCGCAUGGAGCCGCUCAACAACCUGCAGGUGGCGGUAAAAAACAACAUCGACGUUUUCUACUUCGCGUGUCUCAUUCCUGCACACAUCCUCUUCACUGAGGACGGACAGCUCGACAAGCGUGUCUUCUUAACCACUUGGAAGGAAAUUCCUGCAGCUAACGAAGUGCAACACACAAUUUCCAACGUCAUCGGUACCGCAGACUCCAUCGCGCAGAAAAUGACCCUCAAUAAUAUCUUCACUAUCGCCAAGAGAAACGUCGAAGGUCAGGAUAUGUUGUAUCAGUCGCUCAAGCUCACUAAUAAUAUAUGGGUUCUCCUAGAGUUGAAACUGCAACCCGGCAACCCUGAAGCGACCCUCAGUCUUAAGUCACGCACUGUAGAGGUCGCCACCUGCAUAUUCCAAGCGUACGAAGCAAUAAUUAAAUCGUAAUCUCAAGAAUUGCUUUUAUAUAUGUAUAUGUUGGUCGAAGAUCAUGUUAUUGAAGUAUUCUUAUAUAAGUUAUUAUGAAAGACUUUAUAUGACUGUAAAUUCCACUAGUUGUAUGAACGUUUAUUUAAAAUUUAGAUAUGUAUGCAUCUCGUAGCUCUGGAGUUUUAUUUCUUAGCUCCAGAACUUUAAAUAUUAUUAUUAUUAAGAAUUUAAAUAUAUUAAAUAAAUUUAUGUUAAACAU